CUAGAUGCAACCAGAACCCGUCCAGAAGUUCGAGAAGAGCGAGAGGACGGAAGGGGCUGGGGAGGCCAACUGGAGACCACAAACGCGCUCGGGUGCCACUCCCAGCUCCAAAACGGCCUCCGGAUAUUCUGUGGCUCAUAUCCCAACCAGUAACAGCUCUCUACUCCUCCCCUCUUCCCCUCCCCCUCCUCUCCCUCUCAAACGAUUCAGAGGCACCUCGCUGGCAGCCCAGGUUCCACCCACUUCGAGCUCACUUCUCUCCCCGCCUCCUCUAGGCUAAAACGUUGUGUGGUUGCCGCAGGGGUACACCAUGGCAUGCUUAAAGAUCAGUGCUGUAAGGAAGCUGGAGUCUGGACAUUGUUGUGUUAUUCCAAGUUAUGUCUCAUCUGAUAGACUAUGGCCACAAAGGUUAGCUUAUAAGCAUUAUGUUUCUGUAACUUCUGCACAACAAUGUAAAUUCAUUAGUGUGAUAUAUCCCACCCACCCACUGUUCCGGAGACAUUCAUCUUGGAGAGUCUUAGCUGCACCUGUUAGCUUGGAUGAAGAGCCUUCCUCAUUGUCAGAGGGAGAGAACUUUGAUGGUACCAGUGAAACUGUUUCAGAUGAUGCAUCUGAAAUGCUCCUUCCACGAAAAUUGAAGUCUGAUGAGGUUUCAUUGCAGUUAAAAUCACUGUUAGCUGAUGCUGAAAGGCAGAAACUUACAAGGAAACUCAGCGAAGCUAAUCAAUAUAACAGAUUUCUGAAACGACAGCUGCAAAUAAAAGAAGAUGCAUUGGUCAAGUUCAAGAGUGAACUUGCUGUCUUGGAACUUGAACUUCAGGCUUUGGUCGGCCUGGCAGAAGAGAUAGCUAAUUCUGGAGUCCAACUUGGUUCAAGAAAGAUUAAUGGAAAAUAUAUCCAGUCCCAUCUUCUCUCUAGAUUGGAAGCUGUCCAUGAAAAAGCAAAGGAACAGAUAAAGGAUGUUGACUUAUUGAAGUUUGAGGAAAUUACCUUGUUUUGGGUUGGCAUGGCUGAGAGUGUGCAAGUAAUGGGCUCGUUUGAUGGUUGGACUCAAGGAGAGGAGAUGUCACCAGAGUAUUCUGGUGAUUAUGCCAGAUUUUCCACUACCCUGAAACUUAGACCUGGCAGGUAUGAGAUCAAGUUCUUGGUGGACGGAGAGUGGCAGUUAUCGCCAGAAUUUCCAACUGUUGGUGAGGGUAUGAUGAAAAACAAUCUGUUAGUCGUGGAAUAAGUGCAUUGUUCGUACAAAAUUGCCCUAGAAUCCUCAUUUUUGCAUGUGUCAUGGAAGGACUGUUGGUAAAAAGCACAACAGGUGAGUGCCAAGUCAUGUUGUUCCUAUGCUGUAAAUGUACUGCUGGGAUCAUGUCACAUAUUACCAGAUAUGCAGUGAAUCUGUACUUCAAAUUUACCCUCGACUUUGAUGCUAUAAUAUUUUUUUCUUGGUUCAUCA